AUGGCUACAGGUGGUCAAGCCACUGCAGACGGCAUGGCCGACAUCAUCCAUGCUCUGGAGGUCUCCCAUAGUCCCAUGUCGUCAAAUGCACUGCGUGCGGAAGCCCUUCAGUUUCUGGAAUCAAAAAAGCAAGAUGAACACGCGGCGCGUACUGGGUUCUUGCUUGCCUCGGAUAUCAACAACUCGCCACUAAUUCGGCAUUUUGGAUUGUCCUUGCUUGACCACGUUCUUCUUCAUACCGGGUUUGCUUUGCAGAGCAGUCAAAUCAUGGAGCUCAAGGAGAUGAUCAUGGAACUCUCUCGGCGAAUACAACAAACGGAUCCGAGCUACUAUCGCAACAAAGUCGCCCAGCUUUGGGCCGAGGUGGCAAAGAGGAGUUGGGGUAUUGACUGGAACAGUAUGGACCAAGAUUUGUUCAACUUGUGGAACGCUAGUGUUCUUCAUAAAGAGAUCGUGCUGUCAAUCCUGGAAACUCUUUCAGAGGAUAUAUUCUACCGAGAGGACACCGCAUCGUCUUUAAGGGGCACGGAUCUGAACAGGGCUUUGGUCGAAAUAUUCACUCCACUCGCUGUGUUUCAAGAGACGUUUCCGGAAAGAGAAAACCACCGACAGGAGAUUCGAUAUCUAGAUGACGGAUGGCUUUCGAGGAUAUGUAUUCUCAUCGGUGAAUGCCUCGGCAGCGUCAACAACUCACGCGAGGCCAAGGAUUGCACUUUAAAAGCCCUCGCAGUACUAAGGUCUGCACUGGUUUGGUCGAUACCUAAAGCUAUCAUAACAUGCGAUAUCGUUACGGCAAUAUGCCGCAGUCUCACUUCACAGAACGAACAUAUCCUUCUGGCCGCGAUUGAAGCCUUGCAUUCUUUGUACAGCAGAUCAAAUGUCGACGUCGAUGAAUUCGCCCCCUUGGUAGAGCAGAUCUACAACGUGAAUCACCUGGCACUGUUGAGACAGUUAUAUGAGUGGACAGCUGUUGAUGCUGCAGACAUUGACGAGACAAGAUAUAAUAUCAGUAAAAAAGUCUCAGAGCUGAUGUCUUAUGCAGCUGCCUUUUUGGAGGAUAAGGAUCUUGAUUUACAGAGCGCUACUGGAACCGACAUACCUUUUCUUUUUGAGUUUCUUAUAGAGGUUCUACGGCACCAGAGUCUGACGGUCUCAAUUCCGGUAUUGCAUUCCUGGUCACGACUGCUCACAGCGGAAAGAGUAGAGCAAAUGGACUUUGUUACACGUUUGAUUGCACCAUUGUUAGAGAUCUGCACUCAACGGCUAGUUCGUUGGGAAAACCUCCCAGAAGACUCAGAAGAUCCCACAAUUCUAUUCUUGAACGAUGACAUAGAUACGAUCCCGGAACGUCACGCAUUUGUUGGCAAUUAUCGCCGCUAUUGCUCUACAGUGAUAGAGGUUAUCGUUCAGAAACGGCCUUACGAAGCCAUUCCACAUAUCCUUUCUGGCGUAGACCAGAACCUCAACAAUCUCUAUAGCGGUGUUCAGCCCUUCAGUGUCGCAGCGUUUCAAAAAGCAUCGUUUCCACUUAUGCGCGCUGAUACUCAAUUCUCUGUUGUCGAAGCUACCCUCAAGGGCUAUCAAAAGUGGAUCAUAGCACAUGGCCGCAGCCCCCAAGAAGACGAACAGCAGCGAACUCAACUCGAGCAGGCGAUUGAGAAUUGGGCCAUGAGUUUAAUGCAAAGGAAUUUUGAGGACCCCAUACUCAAACAGAGAGUCAUAAGACUCGUUGUUGAUAUAUCUUCAAAGGCUCUCGACAAAACACCAAGUUUUGCGUUGAAAGUUUUGGAACAUAUUUUGAUGACCCAUCUCGAAGAGCAGCCGCAAUACCCAGCUUACUCGGAUGCUGUCAGAGAACUUCAUAGUUUGGCGAGUCAUGAGUUGCGUAGGCUGUCAAUGCGUUAUGCCGAUUACUUCUUUACGUUCUACGAUGUGCUAGAGCCGAAGAUACGGGAGAUUGCGGCUGCGCAUCAAUUAGACGACAAGCUGCAGACUGAGCUCAUUUCGGUCUUAUUGAUCAUCACACAACGUACAAAGAAUGUUGAUCCUCAUGUUCGCGAGGACAGACUCAAUUCUUUCAUGGAACCCGUUCGAACUGCUUGGCAAAAUGAAGAGUUUAGAAAUAUGUCGUCUUCCUUUAAUGGAUUUUGCGAGCUACUGGGUCUAGAGAAAGUAGGCCCAUACAUGCAAAGCAAACAGGCAGCAAGUAUCGAAGAUUGGUCGGCUGUGUCGUUGGAUACUGUAGGAAAAGAUAUUCAAGCAGAACUUGCUCGACGGUUUCAGCAACUCCCUUUGCGAGGAACCAAAACUUUGCUUGCAGUAUCAACUGAGAAGCUCAAGCGGACUGAUGCUGCGUAUGAACUUGGUUGUGCUCUCUGGCGGGACGUAAUCCCUACCAUUCUGCCUACGUUAUUGCAGUUGAUUGGCCAUGCACAUGCCUUUCACAACCCCUCGAAUUGGAGCAGCCUUUCUCAGGAUAUGAGGGUUGUAGUCGGUCGGAUACUUAUGGAUCGAUUUUGGCAAGCCGGAAUCUCUACUGGAAGCCGAGAUGACUUUUACACCAAGAUCACUACGUCGAAAGCCACAUUAGAAGGGUUUGCCUCUUCAGUUCGAGGCAAAGUUCGAGCUGUACGAGAGUCGUGUUACUCAAUGCUAUUCAGUAUGAGUCGACUUCGACAAUAUUUCUACGGAUUUGAGGAACUACCAGGACCCUUGUCAGAGGCCCUUUUCAAGGACUCGACACAUUUAUCGUCACAUCAAUUUUCUAUUCUGCUGAAUAUUUCUCGUUGUCUUAUUGAUGACUGCCCUGUCCAAUUCCGUGAGCAAUUCUUACCACCAAUGAUCAGUACCUUGUUCAAGCAAGUCGACAAAAAGGUUACUGAAGAGUGGGAUAAUAUUGAGCAACGUAAAGCUGGUCUUGUUGAGGGAGACUUGACUGAGGAAAUGAAGGAUGAAAGCAUCCUUCGGCAGUUGACCUAUUCGGCGGUCAUCAUGGUGGCUAGUCUUCUGGACCCUCAAAGAGGUGAUCCAGAUGCAGCUACUAGCGAUGAUCCAAGCGCACCACAGCCGCCGGUUUCGCUGGAAACCUCCAUGAGACACUUUGUUCUCUCUAAUCCAACCAUAUUAGAGCCUGUCUUCAUGUUCUGCACCCAUGCUCUACGCAUGCGAGACACGAGAUGCGGCAGCAUCAUUACCAGAGUUCUUCGCUCUAUUCUAGUCGAUUUUGCACCUCCAGUCAACACACCUACAGCUGUUACCAUUCGAGAGUUUAUCUCUACAGAAGUCCUUCGCGCAUGCAUCACUUCCGUUCAUGAGCCGUACUUUGUCGAUAUGCAACGCGACCUUGCAACCCUCAUCGCAUCAAUAUGGGUGCUAUACGGCUCCAGCACAUCCACACCGCGCUCCGUUAUGCUAAGUCUCCCCGGCAUGAACGAGCAGCGCGUAUCUCAAACCGAGACGGCUCUUAUGAGCUCAACAUCCGGCCGUCAACAACGCGCCCUUGUCCUUGACUUGCUCGAAGGUCUACGCGGUGUCAGUAUUUCAGAACAGGGGAAGAUUCUCGGUACAAGAGAAGAGCGUCGCAAGGCCCGUAGCGCUAUGCAACAGCGGUACAUGUCAACAGCUCCGGCGGACAUGGAGGGGCAACAAAAAACAAAAGUCAAUAUUGACGAUGGACCUGAUCUUGGCGGUUUAGCGGACAUGUUUGGUUGA